AUGUUGCUCAGGUGUUUGAGGAGACCCGCUCUGUUUUCUGGUGUGCGCGCGGUGCGUCCGUACUCGACCAAAGGAAAGCUUGAGGAUGAUGAUGACCUGAACUUUGAUGCCGUGGACAUCCUGAAGAAGCCCAACCCAGACGAAGAUCAAUUGCCCCAGUUCCAAUCCUUUGACUGGUUCAAGGUGUUCAAUUCUCCGCCAACCCAGCCCGGGAAACUUCCAGCUCCAGAGCGCGUUAAGAACCUGCAAUCUGAACUGCUCAAGUACACGUCAAUGGAGAGUAUUGAGAAGCUGGUUCCAGACUUUCUCACCGCCUUCAACAAUAGUCUCUCGGAGUUUGGGGACCGGUAUUUGCAGGAUGCUGUUGCUGAGGACGAGACUUUGCACAUGAUUUCUGAGCAGGAAGGCAAGGAGACUGCUUACUAUCAGGCUGUUGUGGGGUUGUUGAAAGGCGAGACAGAUAUUCAGAUUUUGAACUUGCGAUUGCAGACCCCCCGCGAGGAGGUGGAGGAAGGUCUUUACAGCCGCUUUGUGGAUUCGCUCAAAGAAGAUGAGGACAAGUUCAACAUUAAUACUGUUUUGGAGGAGUAUGCUAAAUUCCCUGUUCCUCGGGCAAAGCACAUCCAGCCAGAACACCUGGAGACGUUUCUUGAGCAUUUCAAACUGUAUUGUCUUUACUUGAGUCCGGAGCUGGUGAAUUUGGUUUUCCAGGACAUCAUCGAUUCUGGCAUGAUGAUCACGCAGGAGGAACUGGUGCGCAGUCUGAGUUGCACAUUGGCUACUAGCGAGGAUUUCGACGAGGACACGUACAGACAGUAUAAGCAGGUGUUUACGGGGUCUGGGUUCGAGUUGAACGUAGAGGCUUACAACAUGCUGUUGACUGCAUGUGUCGUUGCUCGCAAUUCUGCGCUGUUUGACAAGAUUCUGGCGGAAAUGAACGAGGCCGGAGUGCAGCCUAACAGAACGACGUUCCAGCUGAUGGCGGACCAUUGCGGGAACCUCAGAGACACUAACAGACUGUUGAACCUGCUGGAGAUGCGACUGGUUCAAAUUCCGUUAUUUCUGGACCCCAACGAGAUCGCUACGUUUGCGAACGCCUUGUUGGACUGUGGGGAGCAGCAGCUGGCCAAAGAUAUGGUGGGCGUUCCGCUGCUUGUAAGAGAUUUGUGCAUCCACCACAAUGAGCUGGACGUAUCAUCGUAUGACGAGAACUUGCUCGAAGAUCAGCUACACAUGAUUCCGUACCAUUCUCCUCUGGACAUGUUUGAUUUCCUGACCAGGGACCAGAGGCUCUUUAUGUUCUACCCCGUCAUUCCGGAAUGGACGUUUGACACGUUUGCAGAGCACGCUGAGUCAUUCAAAGAGAUCCAGGACGUGGUGCAGAACGUGCGCUCAAAUUCUAUCGGAGUUUCCAUUCCUGUGGCUACCAAAUACAUGGAAUUGUUUUACCAAGACCGAAAACGCCUGAGAAUGGAUCUUCUCACCAACGUGACCGACGAGCUGCUAAGCUCCACACAAGAAAAAGUGCUGUAUCUGAUCAGCAAUCCACAGAUGGUUCAGCUGGUGGUAAAUCUCGGCCACCAUUUUGUGCAGACGGGAGAGCUGCCGAACGAUGACGUGACAAAACGCGCUCUUAGACAACUACAAACCGAUCUAGACACUGACGCCGCACUAACCACUGCAGAUGCUCUCGAUAAGCGAUUACGCAAUGUGUCAUGUUUGCUGAAUUACUCAUCAGAAAGUUCUUAG